AUGCGAGGCAACGGAUCAGCUGGAGGCGCGGGGAUGGCUCCCUGGCACAGCGAAGAUCAGCAGGCCUGGUCCUUCAUCCCUCACGAUCUCCUGGGCUGCAUCAAGGACAGCUUCGAGUCUCAGGGGGGCAGCGGGGUGUGGCUCCUGCGGACCUGCCGCCGCAUCAACUCCCACUGGUGCCUGUGGGCCAACCAGGCAGUGGUCGCCCUGCGGCCCCGCCAUGUGUCCCUCCACCUCGUCUUGCGGGAGCGCUUCGUCAACGUGGCCUGCCUCAGGCUCUCCACUUGCUGGCGCAUCGACGAAGGUCUUGCCAGGUUGUGGGUGCUGCCCUCUGUGACCAGCAUCGAUCUGGGCUUCUGCAGGGGCCUGACGGAUGCCGGCCUUGCGCACUUGGCCCAGUGCACAGCGCUCCGAUGCCUCUCCUUGGAGUACUGCCCAAACAUCACCGACACAGGGCUGGCCUCCCUCAGCUCCCUGGCGGUCCUCAGUCACCUGGACCUGACUUGCUGUGAGAGGCUCUCUGACAGCGCCCUCGGGGGCCUCUGUGCACUGACCAGCCUCCGCCACCUGCAGCUGGAUGGCUGUGCGAAUCUGACAGACUCGGGGCUGGCGCUGCUCAGCGGCCUGUCGGACAUCCAGCACUUGUCCCUGGGUGGCUGCACGGGGGUUUCCAGCGCAGGGUUGGAAUCUGUGGGGCGCCUUAAGGCCCUCCAGCACCUUGAUCUGCGUGAUUGCCAUCGCAUCACAAAUGAUGGGCUGCGAGAGAUUCAGUCGUUGGCCAGUCUGGCUCAUCUGGACUUGAGCAGGUGCCCACAGGUGUCUGACGAGGGGCUGCGAAUGUUGGGGUCGCUGCUGGCACUGAGACGCCUGCAGCUGAGCGGCUGUGAGAACAUCACUAACGCAGGCCUGAGGUACCUGCAGCCGCUGUCCUUGCUGGAGCACCUGGACUUGAGCUGCUGUGGGGGCCUGGCCGACUGGGGUCUAGGCCACCUCCAGCCCCUGACGUCUCUGAAGAGACUCUUCUGCUUCAACUGUCCAGGCAUCACUGAUCCUGGCCUGCGAUAUUUUUCGUCGAAGCUGGAGUCAAUAAAGAACUUCACGGACAGAUGA